AUGCCAAAACCAACAAAUGUCUCAUUUCCACGAGGCAAGUCAGCCCAGGCCAAGGCAGAUGACCAAGUCAUGGCGACCAACAGUAGCAGCAUCGUUUCAAAGCGCAGUGUCGAGCGUCUCUAUCACCCCAAUGAGCCUCACUUUUUCCGGUACUUCGUACCCAAGCCCCAGCGUCGUGCACCGCUCAUCAACCGAGGGUAUUGGCUGCGCUUGAGGGUGAUAGAUGUACUGGUGAGGGAUUUCCUUCAUGACGCGAAGAAGAGGGGGAGGAGAGCGGUUGUGGUUAAUUUGGGGUGUGGAAGUGAUGUCUUGCCGUGGCAGUGUCUGACACGGUACCCGGAGGAGUCGAAGCGUGUUUUGUUCGUGGAUGUGGAUUUUCCAGAUCUGAUUGAGCACAAGCGGCAGACGGUGCUCAAUACCCCUGAGCUGGUGGGCGCCUUUACAGGGUUGAAGGGGCCGGGAGAGACAGUGAAGCCCGUGGUGCUCCAGACGGAUCAGUAUGUCCAAAUUGGAUGUGACUUGCGUGAUCUGGUGACAUUUCGCAAAGGGUUGGACGCUGUUCUGAGGGCUGAGCUCGCAGAGUGCGAGUUCAUUUUCGUCGCGGAGGUCUCGAUCACAUAUAUGGAGACUGAGGGGGCAGAUAGGGUGAUUCAGUGGGCGUCUACACUUGGGAAUGCUGAGUUCAUCCUCCUAGAACAGAUCCUCCCUGACGGGGAGGACCAUCCCUUUGCGUCGACCAUGCUCAACCACUUCCAAAAACUCAACACGCCCCUCAAAUCUGUCAAGACAUACGCCACCAUCACCGACCAGCACACUCGAUUCCUUAACCAUGGCUGGCCGUCCGUCCGAGUCUGGACGCUCUGGCAGGCCUGGGCUGAUGAGACAUUCCUCCCAGCUGAUGAGCGCCGUCGUCUGGAUGAGAUCGAACCGUUUGAUGAGUGGGAGGAGUUUGCACUUUUCGGCAGUCACUACUGCGUUGUGCAUGCCAGGACGGAAAUAGAGGGGACGACAACGUACAAUCCUCCCCCGGCAGUGCCGAAAACUGAUGGGAUUCCGAUCAAGGAGGUGCCCCUCCAAUUCGACCCAUGCCCCGGACAAAAGGGACAGCGUCGCUUCGCCGCAGCGAUGCAGUUGUCAAGCGAUAGACCUAAAGAGCAGCCUGUGCUGCUAAAUGUUUUGGGAUUGGGAAUAAAGACGAGGUUGCAGUCAUGCGAUCUGUUCAGUUACGGAGUUGAGCCUGGAAGCGAGGCAACAUUUGCUUUCCGUGGAGGGAUUGGUCCAGCAGCGAGGAUGUGCCAUUCUUUGACAGACCUGGGGAGCGUGGGUGUGCUGCUUGCAGGCGGCAGGGGGUCGCCGUCAACCCCGGUGAAGGACUGCUGGCUUUUCGAUAGGAGUUUGAGGGCAUGGAGGAGGACGGAUGACUUGCCUGUGCCGUUGUACAGGCAUUCUGUUGUGGCGUUGGGAGAGUCAGGGAUGGCGCUGCUUGUUGGGGGGAGAGGGGAGAAGGACCUUUUUGAGGGGGCGCUGCUAUAUCAUCCUGAGGCUGGGUGGGUAGACUGCCAAGUGGCUGGAGAAAGGCCCGAAGCAACUUAUGGUGCAGUUCUCGCCUGCGUGGGUGCUAGCAGAGCUGGAUACUUUGCAGGCAUCUAUACUGGAGGAAUAAAAGAUGGCCUGAUUGCUGACCAGCUUUUGCGAUGGGAACUGGAUAUCUCUGAUGUCAAGAAACCAUCAAUACGAUUUACUUCCAUGCAAGUCAAGGGAGUAGACAAUGAGCAAAUCGCUCGCUGGCUCUUCGGGCGAUUUGGCGCCACAUGUCUUCAGCACAGUGAAGGAUUCUUUCUCCUGGGCGGCGUAACCAGAGAUCAUCUUCUCAGCCGGGCAGACGAAGUACUGUCUUUUGCCGUAUCGACCGACGAACUCAUCAUCACAAAGAGAGUAUUGGGUCAAUGUGCCCAGUCAGGGGUGCCAGUGCCACGGCCAUUGCUUGCUGGACAUUCCGCGAUCUCCCUACCAGAUGGCAGCAUCACGAUUGUUGGCGGCGGCGCUACGUGCUUCUCAAUGGGGACCUUCUGGAACGGUGGUAUAUACACUCUUCGCUUCGCCGAGUCCGAUCGCAACGAGACAGCCGCGUCUCAACUAGCAUCCCGUUGGACGUUCGAGAGGGCAGUUGACAUUGUUCCAGGAGAGCAAGUCACUCCCACAAGAACAAUUCCCCAGGUCAACGGCGAAAAGGCUCGUAUCACGCCGAUUCCCAAUAUAAAGUUGCAAAGCCCAGACGAGUUCCUCAAGAUUCUACGGGAAGGCCGACCCGUAGUAUUCAAGGGUCUGGACCUGGGAAGCUGUGUCUCAAGUUGGACAUUGGAUUAUCUUGAGAGCAAGAUUGGGACAGAUCGCAAGGUCGUCAUCCAUGAGGCCGCGACCCAAGCCAUGGACUUCAAUUCUAAGAACUUCCGUUAUGUGACAACGGACUUCGGCGACUUUGCCAGGCGGGCACAAAGGGGCGACAAGCUGUACCUGAGAGCUCUGUCUCAGGACAAGCCGUCAGAGAAGCCGACAGUGCUGGCAGAUGACUACCCAGAGAUAGCGGCAGACUUUGUGUUGCCGCCACAGCUAUCUUCGGUGAAAGAGAGGCUCUUUAGUUCCGUUCUACGGCUUUCGGGGCCGGUGAACAUGUGGCUUCAUUACGACGUUAUGGCCAAUGUCUACUGCCAAAUUGGCGGUUCGAAGCGCAUGGUUCUCUUCCCGCCAGCGGAUGUUGAGUACUUCUCUUUUGCCCCUGGAGCAUCUAGUUCUAGCGUAGAUGUGUUUUCGACACUUGGUACCCCUGAGUUGGCUGCGACACACCCUCACGUGGCCGAGCUUGGGCCGGGGGAUGUGUUAUUUCUGCCUGCUCUUUGGCUGCACACGGCGAUGCCCACCUCAAGCGUUAGCAUCGCUGUGAACGUCUUCUUCAGGGACCUUGAUAACACCUCGUAUGCGCCUGGUAGGGACGUGUAUGGCAACAGGGACCUCGGAGCGUACGAAAAAGGGCGACAAGACAUCGCCCGGAUCGCCAACAGUUUCAGCAAGCUGCCGGCCGAAGUGCGAGAGUUCUAUCUCCUGCGGCUGGCGGACGAACUGCGGAGCAAGGCACGAUCUUGA